AUGAAGCCUGGUGCUACGGCUUUGCAGUUAUGGACUCGAUUGGAGGAGAUCUUCCAUGAUAAUAAGCACACUCGUGCUGUAUAUCUCGAGGAACAAUUCACUAACACAAGGUUGGAGAAUUAUGCAAAUAUGGGCGAAUAUUGCAAGCAAUUGAAAUUACUUGCAGAUCAACUGGCCAAUGUCGAUCGACCGGUUGACGACAAUUCCAUGGUGUUGCAGCUCAUCAAAGGGCUUCCUAAAGGUGAAUAUGACAAGCUUGUUGUCAUGGUACAACAGGCCGACCCAAUGCCCUCGUUCAAUAAAGCCCGAUCUCAAUUCUUAUUGGAGGAAACUUGCAAGGCGAAACAAGAAGAGCAUAGUCAGCAAGCACUAGUGGCUCAGUCCUCCGCCGCAAAAUAG